AUGGUGGUGCUGCUACACGAUCUGUGUACAGCUCGAUCGACAAUCUUGUUCCUGGUGCAUUUCACAAACAUCAAGAGGGCAUCGGUGGAAUUAAAGAAGAGCAGCAAGGUCACGCGAGUGCUGGAGGUCAUCCUAUCCUUGAGGAGCCAAAUGGGUGGUCAGCAAGCCAGCAAACCCUUCAAACUGGAUAUGCUGACGCGUAUGUACAGCAGUACUGACAGUCGUGCUGCCAUGAUGCAGAAAGUGGUGCACACGGUGCAAGCCAACUUCCCAGAGUGCGCCAGCAUGAGCGACCAGCUACCGACCUUGUCGAAGGUCGCAAAGGUGUCAAGUAGAGACUUGCAAGAUGAGCUGACUGAACUGCGCCGAAUGCUGCAGGAGGUCUCAAGCAUCAUGGCCGACUUAAGUAACCUCAAGGUCAGCCCUCCAACUGGCGUCAUCGACAAGUUCCGUGACGUCAUGGGCCACUUCAUUGCUGAGGCAUCCGACUGUCUGCAGGCACUCUUCAGCCACCAGGCAUCAUGCAUGGACGACUUUCACUCCAUGGUGCGCUACUUUGGCGAAGACAUGAAGAAGGUCACCACUGAGCAGAUAUUCGGCAUCUUUGCUGAGUUCCUGAGCAGGCUCGAGCAAAACCGGAUUAACACCGCCUACGCCAAGCAGGAGAGCCGCAGGAGUCGGCGCCACCUGGUGAACAAUGGCGACGUGCCGCUGGGCGUCAGGGAGAGGUCGCUGAGCGUUCCCGCGAGGUCCCGUCACCGCUCGGAACCGGACUACUACCAUUCCGCGGAAUCCCAUUUUCACAUGGAACCGGAGGUCGAGCCCGCGGAGUUUGCGGCGCCCCCUAGGAGCGAGUUGUUCAGGAGUUCGUCGCUGCGGGGCGCGCAUCCGUAUCGUGCGCACAGUGCACAGGACGUGAGUGGCGUCAACCCCACGAGGUGGCCGUCGGAAUUCGCGCCACAGAUGAACGGCUGGGACAACUGCGAGCUGUGCAUACAGACAGCCGCUAAGCAACAAGCAGGACCUGCAUAUCGGGGUUCGUUCGAGUUGGUGGACGGUGGCCGGACUGAGGUUAAUCAGACCCAGUAUCCGCCGCCGCAUCAACAUUUCCAUCCUCUUCAGCAGUAUCCCCAGCCUCACUAUCCUCAGAGUUCGUAUCCUCAGUACAUGCAGCAGCAGCAGCAGCAGCAGCAGCAGCAGCAGCAGCAAUACCAGCCGUCCGUAACGCCGCUCAAUGCCAACCCUUCCAACCUAUCGCGGCUGCCGACCGGUGCGCACAUCCUUGACGCUGGCGCCCUCUACCGACAGAACCGCCAAUACGGUGGUGCCGCCGCAGUUCCGGGAAGUUUCAGUGGGAUGCUAGCUCAGGAUUACACCAACGAGGAAGCGGGCGCGUUUGCUAGCGAACGCGCUGCCACCACGCCGCCACCGCUGCAGCUUGCGCAGGCGCGCACGUUACAGGGAGCAUACCAGUCGCCCUACGACGAUCUGGGCCACGUAAAAACGCGCUACGAAGUUCCGUUGCAGGUCCCCAUUGAGCCGCAGGGAUUCGCGGACGCACCACCGGAAUAUCGAGGGGACGAGGAUCGAGCGGAGACGGUGUUCGAUCGGAUUGCGCGAAACCAGGAGCAGGCUCACCACGAGGACAGUCACCACCGUUUCCACGCCGGCGCGCCGGCUCCGCCUAUUCCCGAUCGUCGCGACGACCUGUUCUUGCGGCGCAUCAUUGGCCAGCACGACCCGCACUACUCACACACGACCGACGGCAUUCCAGCUACGAGAGUGUUCCCACCGUUCCGCGGUGGUGCGAUGCAGCGACCACCGCCUCCGCCACCGCUGCCGCCCGACGGCGGGGCAUUGCUCGAUCGCGGGCAGUCGAGCUUGACUGUGUGGGAGCAGAUGAAUCAGAACUUUCAGCUUAGGGAGACUAUCCGUCUGGAUGGGAAGGAGCCGCAUGCAGCAAUGCCGCUGAUCGGGUCUUUUGCAUCGGGGAAAAAGUCGCCGCCGAUGGGCAUCCUCAAACCUAAGAAGGCAUACAACGUCUCGAUUAUUCUGGGAAGUCUGCGCAUAUCCGUAAACCAGGUCGGCAAAGCAUUAUAUCAGAUGGAUGAGAAUGCUCUGGACCCCGACUUCCUGCGCCGCCUGGUGGCCUAUUUACCCGAUAAUUCUGAGUUGGAGAAAUACGACAGCCUGUCCGCACGGGAUAUCCCGAGACUGAACCAGGCUGACCAGUUUGUUUACGAGUUGACGCAGGUGCCCGGCUACGAGAGCCGCAUUCGUGCCCUUGUACUCAAGUACAUCUUCAUGGAGAAAGUUGAGGAGGUCAGACAGGGCAAGGAGCAUGCAGGCCUGGGCUGCAAUGAACUUGCAGACAAAGAAGCGAAACGGGCAGCCUUCGAGCCUGCAGAAAUGGAGUAUAUCUGA